AUGGCGACAACCGACUUCACUGGCGAUUUUCCGACCAGAGGGCCAGUGGUACUGGGCGUCUCGGCCAGUACGCUAGCGCUAUGUUCGGUAUUCGUUGGUUUUCGUCUGAUUUCCAGAUUCUUAGUGGUCCGGAGACCAGGAUGGGACGACUAUACCAUGCUUCUCGCCUGGGUGCUGGCUUUUGGCGCUUCCUUUUCCAUAUGCUACGGAACGACAAAAGGCUUGGGACGAAAGCAGGAAAACAUACCGUUGGAGUGGCAGGCACAGAUGAAGCAGUCGUCCUACGCUUUCUCGGUACUCUAUAACCCAGCUUUAAUGGCAACCAAGACGUCGAUACUGCUUUUCUAUCUCACCCUAUCCACGACUCACAAAGUCUUUCGCUGGGCCACCAUCGCAACCCUUGUCGUCGUCAAUGUUGGCGGACUGGCCCUGACCAUUCUGAACAUGCUCCAAUGUAAUCCUCUCAGUGCUGCAUGGGCUUCGCCUGUCCCCGAUUCAGCGCAUUGCACAAACAUCGUCACCAUAUACCUAUCUUCGGCGCCUCUUAACAUCAUCAGCGAUCUGGCCAUCUUGUUUCUACCAAUGCCCAUACUUACUAGCAUGCGGCUACCAAAGAAGCAGAAAAUUAUUCUGGUUGUCACCUUCGGGUUUGGUAUAUUUGUUGCAGUCGUCGAUGUUGUACGCAUCGCAUAUCUUCAAGCCGCUCAACGCAACACCCUCCAGGCAGCCCAGCAGCAGACGCACGAAUCCGGCAACGACCAGCGAAACACCAACGACUUUGCGUGGUUCUCAUCCUUGUCCUUCAUGUGGAGCACUGUCGAAAUCAACCUGGGUAUCAUGUGUGGUUGUGUUCCUGCGUUGAAGCCACUCGUUAGGAGAUUUCUUCCUCACUGGAUCAUCGAUCAUACAAUCCGGGAUGCAACACGCACGAGCGAUGAGACUCCUGUCCUGCAUACCGAGAUUCUUGACUCUCGGAGGCAAUCAGAUGUUUUGACACCCCCUGCAUCUCCGUUCAGCAAACCUCCGCAAGCGCGUAGAAGCGGUGGCGAUGCACCUAUUGGUAUGAUGGAUUUCUUGACCACACCGGACAUGACUGAGCUCCCGCGGAUACGGCCCAUGAACACCAACGUUACCUACGCGACUACCGUGCGUACCCACCACCGCCCACCGUCGACUUUCUUCGACUUUGUCAACACGGGACAGAAGAAGAAUAUUACUUUACGCAGCAACCGCGAGUCUGUGUACCCUGUCAUCAUGGUCACCAUCCUCUUCUUCGUCUGGGGCAUUGCUUACGGUUUUCUCGACGCACUCAAUUCACGAUUCCAGGAAGUUGCUCAGACGAGCGAUUGGCAAACCGUCGGCCAACAUACUGCAUAUUUCGCAGGUUAUGUCGUUGGACCCCUGACGUUUGGUAGGAUUGUAUUCAAGCGUUGGGGCUUCAAAGCCUGCUACAUGGUUGGUCUGUCGGUCUACGCUUGCGGGUGUCUUGUCUUCUGGCCCUCGGCCGUACUCAACUCCUUUCCAUCGUUCCUGAUUUCCAACUUCAUCACAGGUGCUGGACUAUCGACACUGGAGCUCAGCGCAAAUCCCUUUAUAGCGCUUUGCGGACCGCCCGAGUAUGCUGAGGCACGAUUGACCCUGUCGCAGGCCAUGCAAGCUAUUGGCACUAUCGUCUCCCCACUCUUGGCCAAGAAGGUCCUCUUCCCUGCCAAUGCCGCGAGCCUGAUAGACGUUCAAUGGACGUACCUCGGCAUAUCUUUCUUCAACAUCACCCUGGCCAUAAUUUACUUCUACGUACCGCUUCCUGAAGCCACCGACGAAGAGCUCGAAGCCGCAAGUCUACGAACUGUACCUAUUGCCAGGCAAGCCACUGUCAACAUCGGAUCAAAACCCAUCAAGGUCAUCUGGAUAAGCCUAGGCCUGGCAGUAUUUUCGCAAUUCUGCUACGUCGGAGGCCAGGAGUCCACGUCUACAUCGUUCCAGGAAUACAUCAGCCGUGUCACGCCUGGUGUGGAUCCUGUAUCACAGCUAGCAUACGGGCACACGGCAUUCGCCGUAUCCCGAUUCCUGGCUGCUUUCAUUGACAUAUGGGUCAAGCCGCGGUACAGUUUGCUGUUCUUCUACCUCGGAGCCAUCGUCUUCAGCGCAGCGGCAAUGCACACGACAGGCAACGCCGGCGCAGCAGUCAUCACCAUGGUCAUGUUCUUCGAAGGCCCAAUAUUCCCCAAGAUCUUCGCUCAAGGCAUACGCGGCAUGGGCAAGCACACCAAAGACGCCUCGGUACUAAUCACAGCCGCCAUCGGCGGCGGCGCCGUCUUCCCACCUAUCAUGUUCGCCGCCCUCAAGACAAACAACGCACAAUAUGCCUUUUGUGUCAUCGUCGCUGCCUACACGCUCGGCUCCCUAUACCCUGUCUACCUCAACCUACUCCCUGCAGCGCGUCGCCUCUCCGACCCCGUCCGCGACGAAAAAACGCGCCGCGAAUCCGAAAUGGAGCAUCGCUGUCGCGGCUCCGCUACCGACAAGCUGCGCAAAUGGAGUAAAGGCAAAAAGGGUCAUCAUUGGAAUGACGCGUUGCCUUCGGUGGAGCACAGAGAAAGGCGGUCUUGGCCAGAGGGCCUUGCGCCAAGGAGCCAUAAUAGCAUGGCUAUUGAGGCUGUGCAUACGCGCACGCCCAGCCCCGCCAGUUAUGCCUCGAGUAGGACAUGA